AUGCCCGCGGCGCCCACCUCGAACUGCUCCACGUGGGGCCGCGGGCAGAAGCGCUCGUUCGAUCCCCUGCUCGAUUGGUUUGUUUCUGCUGCUGCUUCUUCUUUUCUUUUCUUUUUUUUUGCUCCGUGGCCAGGCAGGGCCUGGCCGUCGGCGGACGCAGCACGGCGUGACGGUCAGAGGCCUCCCAGACGGGCGCGGAGCAGAGAGCGGGGCCGUCUGCGCCGACGUCGGCGCGAAGGCGUCCCGCGCAAGGUCGCGGCGAUCGCCCUCGAGGAGGAGGAGUCCAAUGUGCCGUGCCGCGCUGGCGGCCUGCGCAAGCCGCUGCGGAAGGCCGCCGUGCCAUCUCGCGUGGGGCCCGUGUCGUGUCAUCGCUCGGGCGGUGUCCGAGCAGAUGUCACCGAGCGCGCUUCACCGCUCGCACAGUGUCUACUCGCAAACGUGAUUUAA